CUCCUCGAUCAAACUGGUAGUGUUUGGGGUUUGGACUAUUUAGCGCUUUGGAUUUGUUUGUGUUACGACACUCGGCAGUCGGCAGGAAUGUCUAUGUUUAUGCUACUAUAGCUAGAUAAGAGUUGAGAUUUGUGGAAGUACGUGUUUGUGUCACAGGAAAUAUGUUAACUGGAGUGGCUGUGCCUUCUGUUAGAAACUGUUAUUCUUUUUUGAUUGGAAGAAGAUUUCAUUGUUUCUUAGAACACUGUUGUUAUAAUCAUAACACGGGAAAGAAUUAUGCUGUGACAUCGAGAAAAGAUCAUACUGGUACUACUGUGGAUAGCGAUAGUAGUUUGUAUUACCUACAUUUCAAAAAUGGCUUUAGUGAUGAUUUAAAACUGCGUGUCGCCCAACAUAUGAUCGUAAGUGAAGAUUUUGUAACAGAAGAGGAAGAGAAAUCGCUGUUUGAAGAAGUGGAACCAUAUAUGAAAAGAUUACGAUACGAGUUUGAUCACUGGGACGAUGCCAUACAUGGGUAUCGUGAGACCGAACGUUCAAACUGGAAUGCUGCGAACUCAAUGAUAAUACAGAGAGUGAGAGAAGCUGCUUUUCCACCCGGAACGCCUCAGCUCAGUUUGGUGCAUGUACUGGACCUGGCUGAGGAUGGGUUCAUAAAAGCACAUGUUGACAGUGUACGGUUCUGUGGGAACACAAUUGCAGGGUUGAGCUUGCUGUCAGACUGUGUAAUGAGGCUAGUUCACACAGAAGAUAAGUCGGCUGUUGUUGAUGUCUUGUUGAGGAGGAGAUCACUUUAUAUUAUGAAGGAUAUUGCAAGAUAUGACUUUACUCAUGAAGUUUUGGGCAAAAAGGAUUCGAAGUUCAGAAAUCAAGAAAUUGCACGUGGGAGGAGAUUGUCGGUAAUCUGCAGAAAUGAGCCAGAGCCCACAAAAAAGUGACACAGCAGAAGAAGAAGAAACUAAGUUUACAUAGUAUCUCAGAAAGUGGAGCUCAAAUCCCCUCACAGCCAUCCUGAUUUAGACUUUCCGUGGUCUUCCUAUAUCACUUAGGCAAAUGAUGGGAUGAUUCCUCAAACAAAACAAGGCACAUUUCCUUCCCCAUUCUGAGGUUAUUUUUAUUUAUGUUAAUUACCUUGACAGCUAAGGGACAUUGAAUCCUGAUUUCCGUCCCUUCUUUAAAUAUGUAUUGUAAGCUCCUUUGCUCCUAGAAGUUACAAACUCUUUCCUACUACUGUUUACUCUUAACACCUUUUUGGAAAAUGGCUGUUAUUGAUCAAAUUACCAGGCUGCUAUUGAAAUCCAUGUUUAGACACACUUGUAUUUUGUUGUUCUGAUGUGGAAAUGUGUCUAUAGACAUUGACAUUAUAUUGGUCAAAGAGAGAAGCCAUUUUCAAUUUAAAUGCAGCCAUUCUGAAUUAUUGAAAUGUGUUAUAAUGCUUGAAGAUGUGACAAUUUGCCUGUUAAAUAUGCAACUGAUAAUUGAUGCUAAGGACAGAAAAGCCUUGCUUUUAAAUUACAGAAGCAUACCUGAUACUGAAAAACAUUGUAAAGUGAAAUAUUAAGAAAAAUGACAUCAGCUUGUAGCAUUUCACAUAAGUUGAAUAAAUAGUAUUAUAAUUCGAAACACAGUGGUAUAGUGCAAUCCACGAACGAUCGUGGUUGGUGCAUGUCAAGGCACAGGUGAGGAUUGGGUUGUUGAUGGGUCCAAGUGACAGUUGUGAUACACUCGUGUGUGCCUUCCACUUGAAGAAAGCAUAUAUCCUGCAAAUUAAGUCUCUUGCUUCCUUAUGUGGAAUGUAUCAACAUGUACCAACAUCAGCAAUGACAGCUUGCAACAAAUGGAACAGAAAUUCACUAAACAACUCACUACGAUAAAGUUUAAUGCUCACAUUAGCUACAGCAUUCAGAGCAGAGCGCUCAGAACACGCAUUGGCUGUCGGAGAAUACGUAAUGUAGGCAUGCAGAACAAGCCUAAACUCGACUGCCAUUGUUUGUGACUCCGUCUACAGGAUAUUUUUAAAUAUUGACAAAAAUUACUAAAAGUGAAAGUCGUGAGGUGCUGUGAUAAAAAUCGGGAAAAUCUAAGGGAAUUUCAGGAAUUUAAUAACCUAGCAUUGAAACUGGGUUUUAUAAAUCACAAAAUUUUAAAUACUUAAUACCUCAGUGUGUUAAUUUUAUGAAUAUUACUCCAUAUAAAUUUUCAAUUGUUUAAAAACUGCAGUUAAACUACUACUUAUGGCUGACAUAUAGCUCAGCUGAGGAAAGGGAAGAGUCAUUAUAUAUUAUGGUAUGCUGCACCUCCGCGUCCCUGCCUUUGCCAUUAAUUUAUAAGGAGCUCCUCACACCUGGAAUUCUCACAGAAUUGUUAUUUUUUUUCCUCCUAUGUUUGAUUAAGCACCCUGAAAA